AUGACGGAGAUCGACGAGUUCAUAAAUCUAGAAAUCCCAUCGGUCAUCCAUAAAGAUGACUGCGGUUACUGUUUUGAGACGAUGUAUAAUGAUGACAUCAAGUCAUCGCAUUCACUUAACAUCUGCCUGAGAUGCUUUCAGAGCUUCUGCUCUGAGCAUCUUGAAUUCCAUCAAACGGUUACGAAGAGCGAAUUAAACGACCGUCACGAUCUUUACAUGAAACUCAGCAAAGUCAAAAAACCAGUGGUAGCAGUGGAAGAGCCCACUGAGAAGAGGUUGAAAUUGGAAGUAAGCGAAAAGUCUGAAGAUGAGCUGUAUGAUACAUCCUGGACGUUAUUGAAGGAUAGUGCUAGUAUCACAGACUUGGAAUUGAAGGGAUUAGACCCCCAAAAGGCUGCUCAGGUGGCCACCAAAGUUGGCCAGAUCUUGAACGCUAGAUCCAAUAACUUCCAACAGAUGGCUAGUUCUUGGGAACUGGAGGUUAAACCGUGCGAACACGUCAAAAAUUUUGUAGUGGCAAAUGGAGAGCCGCAGGAUGUACAAAAAUCGUGUGGAGAAUGCGGUUUGGAUAGUAAUUUAUGGCUGUGUCUGCACUGCGGCCACAUUGGUUGUGGUCGUCAACAAGUGGGCAUUGAGGGUCAUUCACAUGCUCUGGCACAUUUUGAUGAUAGUCCGGGUCAUCCCCUGGCGGUCAAACUUGGGUCUUUGAGUCAAUCCUCCGCCGAUGUCUAUUGCUACGCUUGCGAUGAUGAAGUUCAUUUUGAUGAUGCAAACUUGUGGGUUCAGGCUCUGGCCCAUUGGAAUAUCGAUAUCAGUGGUAAAAUCGCACAGGAGAAGACCCUGAUAGAGUUGCAACUCGAGCAGAACAUGAAUUGGGACUUCCAAAUGGUUGAUUCUGAAGGUCAUAAUUUAAGGCACCUACAAAGCUCAGCAGAAUACGGCUGCGGGCUACUGAACCUUGGAAAUUCUUGCUAUAUGAACUCAGUUCUACAAGCCCUCGUGAAUGGCGGUGUCGCUGCAUGGUCUCUGGCAGAGUUGGGCGAUUUCCCUCCCAGUGCAGUUUACGUCUCUAGCAAUCUCAAAUGUCAGCUUGUGAAGCUGCGAAACGCUAUGUCAUUAGAACCCGCCAAAUACUCCAAUGGCGUCAAACCCUCCACAUUCAAAAAUUGCAUUGGCGGAACGCACGAAGAGUUCAGCUCUGGAAGACAACAGGAUGCUUUAGAAUUUUUCUCAUAUUUCACAGAUCUUUUGGACCAGAAAGCCUUCAAUAGUACGCCGACGAAUCCCAAUGAUUUGUUCAAGUUUAACGUUCAAGAUAGACUGGAAUGCUCACAGUGUCACUCCGUGAAAUAUACCACACAAUCGUCUGAGUACCUGCAAGUCCCACUCGCCGACGUCUCUGAACCACAGGAAUUAAUCGAACAGAUCGGGAGCUACUUUGCAGAAGAAGAAAUUAGUUUCAAGUGUCCAAAGUGUGAUGCAAUGGUUACUGCAAUCAAAUCAUCUGGUUUUCAAUCGUUCCCAGACACGUUAGUUGUGAGUCCUACUCGAAUCAAAUUGGUCAACUGGAUGCCUACGAAGACAUCACAAGAGGUUCUUAUGCCAGGGAUCGACGCUACUGAUGCAUCCACUUUACAUCUGGGCAAGUUCAAAUCGCAAGGAUUCAACAGCGAAACUGAAACGCUAUUUCCAGAUAGCGAUGAGGCGAGGGUAUUUACACCAAAUGCUCAAUGUGUUGCUGAUCUUUUAGAAAUGGGGUUCACUGAAAAUGCAGCAAUCAAGGGCUUAUUUCACACCAAUAACAAUGGCAUGGAAGAUGCAAUGAACUGGUUGUUCGCUCACGUUGAGGACCCCAAUAUCAACGAACCUUUCGUAAUGCCAGCAACUUCAAGUAAGCCAGAGGAGUUCAAUUCGCACCACCACCUCGAGGACAUGAUCACGAUGGGUCUUGAUCCACAACUGUGUCGCAAAGCACUGAUACUCAAUAAGGGCGACAUCACUGCCAGUGUGGAAUGGGUUUUCAACAAUCUAGAUGACGAUGGUCGAACUACCGAACAGACACCGGUGGAAUGCGAAAACAAAGAAUACGGUUUUGAAAAUGCAACACUCGCAAACUAUCGUUUGAAAGCUGUCAUUUGUCACAAGGGCUCUUCUGUUCAGUCAGGCCACUACGUUGCAUUUAUCAAAAAACAAGUGGAAAAUGAGACAAAAUGGGUCCUUUACAAUGACGAAAAAAUUGUGGUUGCUGACGAUCCGGCUAAUAUCCUAGAAUUGAAAAAGAAUGGGUACAUCUUCUUUUUCAACAGGUGCUAG